UUACUUGAUCUAUAAUAGAAUUUCUUUCCUUAUUACAUAAAGCAGUUUUUGACUGUCAUAUAACUGCCAUAACAUGUUAUAUCACGACUGUUAUAUAACAGGGAACUCCCGGAACUUGUAGCGGAUGAAUUGCUAUUUUUCCUGUCUAAUUAUAUGACAAUUACGACCAUUAUGCCUCUGAAAGUCCCAUGAAUUAAUUAUGACUAUUAAAAAGACAAAUAGAUGGCCACUUACUGACACCAAACCCCCAUGUUUGGGAAGAUCUCAGUGGAAACUCGCAAAAACAAAUAAAUAAAACACAAAAUCCUUUUUAGAAGCACGAACGACCUGGGAUAACUUCUUCUUGAAAUGUUAUACAAGCUCAUGACGUGAUGCCCCGCAUUGACCCGCCACUCCUUACUCAACUUCUCUAUGCGGGUCAGUUACAUGGCAGAUCGUGUUGUAACCCUUUUUCCUAAACUCGACCAAUGAGAACAGCUGACCGGCAUCACGUGACGCAAGUUUUACGUAACGUUCUUUUUUUUCUUCUUCCUCCUGCGUGGCUCCAUUGAGGAUAUUACGAGUGUUUCCUGGACCCGAUCGUGACCGCGUCACUCGACUUCCCGGCAGCUCACGCGUACACAUGUACCGCAGCGGGUGUUUUGACCAGACUCACACCGCAUAGGUGAAGAGGUGGAGGCGGACGGACUCCCGGGCAACUUACCGGCGGCGCUAUGGGGACAGAGAGCGAGAGUAUGCUGCAGCUCGCGGCGGAGGCUUUCCAGUCGAACAACUUUGACCUGGCCGCGGACAUCUACGAGUGUCAGUUGGCGUGCCUCGGAGAUCCGGGGGGCCGACAGGAGCUGAUGGUCAUGCGGGCGGACGCGCUCGCGUUCGGGGGCAAAUUCACCGAAGCUUUCGACGCGUAUCGACAAGCCUCGGAGACGGAGAGACUGAGACCCGUUCACCUGACCAACCUCAUAGAGUACCUGUCGAGUAGUAUCGGCGCGGGGGGCGACGGUCCACACGAGACCCCGAAGAAAGGAGGACAGGUAGGGGCGGCGGCGGCGGCGGCGGGACGUCCGACGGGAGCCGGCGCCGCGGGCUUCGGGUGCGAAGACUUCACCUGUCGGAUGUGCCUGAGCUUUCUGUUCGAGCCCGUGACUCUGCCGUGCGGACACUGCUUCUGCAAAAAGUGUCUGGAGAGGGACCGGAAGGAGAAGGAGCGGCCGGUGAAGUGCAAAGAGUGCCGGGACGGCUCCGGCGUGGCGGACGUCCAGAGUUACCGGGUCAACGUGGUCCUCAGUAACCUGCUGGCGAAGUGGUUCCCGACCCUGCACCAGGCCGGCCGGCUGCGGCGGGAGGGCAACGCGCUGUACGCGGAGAGGAAGGUGGAGGCGGCGCUGGACAAAUACAACCGAGCCACACUCAUAGCACCCAUGGACCACAUACUGUUUAGUAACCGCUCCCAGAUCCACUCCAGCCUGAGACUCUAUGAAAAGGCCCUGAGAGACGCAGAGGUGGCGUGCAGACUCGUGCCUCACUGGUCCAAGGGUCAUGUAUAUAAGGCCCAGGCCCUGGUUUCGCUGGGCAGGACCGAGGAGGCUCUUAGGGAGUACCUGGUCUGUCUGUCCAUAGAGCCAGACUGCAGACUGGCCAACGUCGAGGCUCACAGGCUGCUCUGCGAUCUCCUGGGGGUCACCGGUCAGGUCCCUGAACGCAUCUCGGACUACUCCAAUGCGCACGUGUCUUUCAGAGCGCACGUCAAGAACAGCAUCGGCAUCAGCACUCCGGCCCAGAUCCUUCGUCCCAGCCCGUUGUCAGGCCCCGCCCCUCCCGCACCCGAAAGGCCCGAGUGCGGUGAGGUCAAAGGUCAGGGGAAGCCGGAUCACAGCUUCCUCCUCAAAAGGAAACACGGGAGCGCAGAAGAAGAGCAGGAGGAUGACGAAGGUCAGGAGAGGAGAGACGAUCACAAGAGGGUCAAGGCCGCGGAGGCGGAUCAACUGAGCAGCGCGGCCGGUGGCGCCUUGGACCCGUCAGACCUGGAGUGCUCUCUGUGUAUGAGACUUUUCUACGAGCCAGUGACGACGCCGUGCGGCCACACGUUCUGCCUGCGCUGUCUGGAGCGAUGUCUGGACCACAACGCCAAGUGUCCACUCUGUAAAGAGGAGCUGUCUGAGUACCUGGUCCAGAGGCCGUACUGCAAGACGGUGCUAACGCAGAACCUGAUCUCAAAGUAUCUUCCCUCGGAGCUCAUGGAGAGACAGAAAAUCCACCAGGAAGAGAUGGCCGAGCUCUCCAACCUUAACAAGAACGUGCCUAUAUUCGUGUGCACCAUGGCCUUCCCCACCGUGCCGUGCCCGCUCCAUAUCUUCGAGCCGUGCUACCGGCUGAUGAUUCGCCGAUGCAUAGAGACGGGGACGAACAGCUUCGGCAUGUGUCUGGGAGACAACCUCAAAGGGUUUGCGGACUACGGCUGCCUGCUGGAGAUCGGCGACGUGAAGUUCUUCUCCGACGGCCGCUCCGUGGUGAACACCGUCGGCAUGCGGAGGUUUAAAGUCAUCCAGCACAGCGAGAGGGACGGAUACAACAUGGCGGACAUCGAGUACCUGGAGGACGUUACGGUGGAGGGUCUGGCAGAGCGUGAGCUGCAUGCUCUGCACGACGCGGUGUACGACCAGGCCCUGGUGUGGGUCAACUCCCUGAAGGCGGAGCAGAAGGAGCGCAUUGAGGGACACUUUGGACCCAUGCCUCAGAAAGACCCUGAACUCCAGGAGAGUCCCAACGGCCCCUCCUGGUGCUGGUGGUUGCUCGCCGUUCUUCCGCUGGAGGGCCGAGACCAGCUGCCGUUCCUGGCCCUCACCUCUCUGAAGGAUCGGCUCAGCGGCAUCCGCAAGGUGCUGCUCUUCAUGGCCCACAGCCGGCACCGGUGACAUUAAAGCUCCAGAACAACCGACCCCCCCCCCCCCCCCUCCUCUCCUUCUACACACACAAACACACACACACAGGCCAGCUCUUAAAAUUUGGAGAUGAAAAAAAAAAUAAGAAAAAGAAAAUAUUAUAUACCAAAUCAUUUAACCCUUGUGUUGCCUUAGGGUCAUUUUGACCCGAAUCAAUAUUACACCCUCCCCCCGCCUUAGGAUUAAUUUGACCCCAUUCAAUGUUUAAUGUCGGUGUUCUUUCGGUAGUCAACAAACAAACAUAAAGUGCCUCACACUUAAACUUGGAAAACAAUAUUAAUUCUAAUAAUUUUCUGGAGGUUUUAAUUGCUGGCGUCAAAUUGAAUCCAAAGGGUAAAAUAUGUUAGUAAAUAUAAAGGUAACAGGAGGGUGAAACAUUGAUUCGGGUCAAAAUGACCCGAAGGCAACACAAGGGUUAAAGAGUAAAUAUACCGUGUUGACGCGCUAAAUGUGUGUGGGAGACCGUAAGCCCCUGUCAACAACCACUUAAGUUAAAUGUGACAUAAAUAAUAUAUCGCCACUCAUCCUCA